UUUACUCCAGGAAGCAAAACAGUGGCUCAGCGCCAGUGUGCUGAUAUCUGGGACAAAGUUGGGAGGAGGGGCGGACUGAGAAGACGUCAGACAUGCGAGUCUUCGCCCUCAUAUCUGAUCUACCUACACUUUAUAAACUCGGAGCCACAGAGCCAGUUUGAGUAUGCUCCAGAGACUCGCUGCGUCCCUGCGGCGGCCCGCAGCUGCUCCCCUCGCGGCGGCGGUACGAUGCGUCUCCUCGGGGUCAGUGGACAUCACGGUCCCGCUGAACUUCUGGGCUGGGAAGAGACGGACGAGCCUGGAGAAACGCACCACGGAAAAUGUUUACGAACCUGCAACAGGGCGAGUGUUGUGUCAUUUGGAGCCGUGUGGUGCUGUGGAGGUCGAUCAGGCUGUGGAGUCUGCAAAGUCGGCCUUCGGCCAUUGGAGCAAAAUGUCUGGGAUGGAGAGAGCGCGCAUCAUGAUAGAAGCGGCCCAUAUCAUUGAGAGCAGGAGAGAGGAGAUCGCUGAAAUGGAGGUGGUCAACAAUGGGAAGUCCAUCACAGAAGCCCGUCUGGAUGUGGACUCUGCCAGACUGUGUAUAGAGUACUAUGCAGGACUAGCCAGCACGAUGGCAGGCCAGCAUGUCCAGCUGCCUGGGGGGUCCUUUGCCUACACCCGCAGAGAGCCUCUGGGAGUCUGUGUUGGUAUCGGUGCGUGGAAUUACCCUUUUCAGAUAGCUGCCUGGAAAUCAGCUCCAGCCCUGGCCUGUGGCAACUCCAUGGUGUUCAAGCCAUCACCAGUGACGCCUGUGACGGCAGUCUUACUGGCAGAGCUCUACGCCGAGGCCGGCGCUCCAGAGGGGCUGUUCAACGUGGUGCAGGGCGGCCAGGAGACCGGCAGCUUACUCUGCCACCACGCGGACGUCGCUAAAGUGUCCUUCACUGGGAGUGUGCCAACAGGCAAGAAGAUUAUGGAGAUGGCAUCCAAGGGGGUGAAGCCUGUGACUCUGGAGCUCGGGGGGAAAUCUCCGCUGCUUAUCUUUGAGGACAGUGAAGUGGAGAACGCAGUGAGGGGAGCUCUCAUGGCCAACUUCCUGUCUCAAGGCCAGGUCUGUAGCAACGGUACAAGGGUCUUUGUUCAGAGGGAUAUUCUGCCUGAGUUUUUGGAGGAGGUGGUGAAGAGGACCCAGGCGAUCGAGAUAGGAGACCCACUAUUGGAACACACGCGAAUGGGAGCACUGGUCAGCCAAGCACACCUAGAAAAAGUCCUAUCUUUUGUUGAUCAGGCAAAGAAGGAGGGAGCUACAGUGUUGUGUGGAGGUGAACCUUUUGUCCCAUCAGAUCCCAAACUCAGAGGUGGAUAUUACAUGACUCCCUGUGUGCUAGGUGACUGCACAGAUGAGAUGACUUGCGUGAAGGAGGAGAUUUUUGGUCCUGUUAUGUCUGUGUUGUCUUUUGAAACAGAAGAGGAGGUGCUGCACAGAGCCAAUGACACAACCAUGGGUCUGGCUGCAGGAGUUUUCACCAGGGAUGUGAGACGAGCCCAUCGUGUGGUGGCACACCUCAAGGCCGGGUCCUGUUUCAUCAACAACUACAACAUCACUCCUGUGGAGGUGCCCUUUGGAGGCUUCAAAAUGUCAGGCAUAGGGCGGGAGAACGGCCAGGUGACGAUCGAAUACUACUCCCAGCUGAAGACCGUGUUUGUGGAGAUGGGAGAUGUGGACAGCUUAUUCUAAGACGCAUCGAGAGGAAGAUGGAGCUGUAACACUGACCCAGAGACUAAAACAGAUGGUCUGGACCAGAACAGAAAGGCCAUCAAGUGUUAGUGCUGAAAGUGAUGAAAACUCUUUAUGAAGGAUAUAAAUGUAACAUUGAGCCAAUCAGCUGAUGAAUCAAACUACAGAUUCUAAUUAAUAUUUACUGAAUCUUGAUUGAUUUCAGCUACUACAGCAUACAUAUGAGUUGCUCUGCAUGUUUUCUUGCUUAAUAUAUUCUGUCAUCCACGUACAGAAGAACAUUUUUACAGAAAAAACAAAAAUGCUUUAUUUCUUGAACAAUGCACAUCAAUAUAUUUUUUUAUACACACAAAAUACUAAAAAAUAAAGCACUUUGAACAUAAUAAUUUAAUUCAUCUAGAUUGUACACUUCAUGUACACUUUUUGUACAAUGUCGUCUACAUUAGAACUGACAGUAACAUCCUGCCUUGUGGGGAGACAUAAGGAACCUCUCUAACACAUUUUUAUCAAAUCAAUAGUAACAUAACAUUAAACAGUGUUUAACAUUGCAA